AUGUCUACCGCCGAGCUCGCUGUCUCCUACGCCGCUCUGAUCCUUGCCGAUGAUGGCAUUGAGAUCACCGCCGAGAAGCUCCAGACUAUCCUGACUGCCUCCAAGAUUCAGGAGGUUGAGCCUAUCUGGGCCUCCAUCUUCGCCAAGGCUCUCGAGGGCAAGGACGUCAAGGACCUCCUGACCAACGUCGGCUCUGGUGGCCCCGUCGCCGCCGCUGGCCCCGCCGCCGCUGGUGGUGCUGCCGCCCCCGCCGAGGCUGCCGCCGAGGAGAAGGAGGAGGAGAAGGAGGAGUCCGACGAGGACAUGGGCUUCGGUCUGUUCGACUAA